AUAUUCGUUUACAUGGAAAACACUAAUGAUUGUAUAUUUGUAUUUUAUAUUUACCAACACGAAUUCGACAACAACAACAACAACAUGCACUGGGUUUUUCUUGAUAAAACGUCAGUCGCAACGCGUAACGCGGGUCUGCUACAUAAUAUUUCUUAUUAUUACUCAUAAACUUACUUAUUACUUAUUAGUAAUUUACUAUUUAGUAAAUGUUACGCCGUUAACCUCGUUACGUGCUGUGAGUGGUUCGUACUUUUACUGAUAUCACUGCGGUACGUCCGUCGCAAGUCCGUCUUGUGUACCUACUCAAACUUACCGACCGGCUAUCGUUUCUCGACCACAACUACUACAACAGGCGUGACGCGUGUGAUGUCGGAAUCGUAACCCGCCGAUCAUAAUAUUGUUAUCGUGCUAUAUUUUUUUUUAUAUCAGUCUUUCUAGUUUCUACGAUUGUCUAUACGAGAAGAAUUUCAGCAGAUGCGCACCAAUAUAGGCGUACGCAUCGAUGAACAUCGAGAGGUGGUUGCCCAUCAUAACACUGUUUAGACCUGUCGAUUAGCAGCAGUCGCCCGUGUACGUAUAUUAUAGUAUAUAUAUUUAUACGCGUAACAGCAUAAUAUAUAUAUAUAUUACACCUCGUGCACCACACGUUCACACAUACUUGUUGCGUGUCCGUCGCAUCAUAUAUAUAUAUAUAUAUAUAUAUAGUUUGUCGGAAAAAAACGACGGCGGCGUCGACUGUCGGUGUGACUGCUACGACGUCGGCUGCGGCGGCGGUGGCUAACGAACGGGCCAAUGAGAAAGUGGCUGGCGGUCGAUAAGAGGCGGGAACGGUGGCGGUACGCCAUUGGCGGGGCGCCGCGGACGGCCGCCGCCACCGCGUGCCGCCGCGUGUGCUGCACACGCAUUUCGGACACCGUGACGUGCGGCCCUCUGCAGCUGCUGAUCGGCCGUGCGUGCAUUUACUGUCUUCUUAACAGCGACCCGUCCGCUCGCUUCGCCGGCACUCUACACGCGUUGCACCGUCACCAGAAAAUUCCGUUACCGCUCGCCGGACGUCGCCACAGCGUUUCUGCACGGCCGGCGCAGGCCAUGAGCAACGGCAAGACCACUACGCCGCCGGCCACCGCGGCCAACGCGGCGGCCGCCGCAGCAGCAGCGGCUGCAGCGGCUGCGGCCGCGAUGCUGUUGCACCAACACCAGUCGCCGUCGCUGAACCACCAUCAUGCCGCUGCAGCCGCAGCCGCGGCUGCGGCCUAUCACCAGCACCAGCAGCAGCAACACCAACACUUGCAGCAUCAGUUACAGCACCGUGCUCAACACGAACAACAAAUGCACCACCAUCACCAGCAACAGCAACAACAGCAGCAGCAGCAACAGCAACAGCAGCAGCAGCAGCAGCAACAGCAACAGCAACAGCAGCAACACGAUGGGAGCACGGGAGCCAUCACCGUGGCGGCGGCCGUUCAGGAAGCCGUGGCGGUCGCGCAACAGCAGCAACACAUUAAGCGACCCAUGAACGCGUUCAUGGUGUGGUCCAGGGGACAACGGCGCAAGAUGGCCCAGGAAAACCCGAAGAUGCACAACUCCGAGAUCAGCAAGCGGCUGGGCGCCGAGUGGAAGCUGCUGACCGAACCGCAGAAACGGCCGUUCAUCGACGAAGCAAAACGGUUGAGGGCGCUACACAUGAAGGAGCAUCCAGACUACAAGUACCGUCCUCGUCGCAAGCCGAAGACAAUGGUGCAGAAGAAAACCGACACCGGUGCGGUGUCCGGUAAACCGGUGCCGUACUCUGUGCGCGACCUGUUGCCGCAACACGACGCGUCGGCCACGGGCGCCGGCGGAUCUACCUCCGCCUCGGCCACCGGAUCGAUGGCGCAGAUGUCGACGGCCGGCGACCACCAGUCGUCCGCCUCUGCUGUGGCCAAAUUCCCGCGCGCCUACUUCUCGCCGUACCAACACCACCACUACCCGUCGUCGUUCUACCAGCAGGUGGCCAAGGACCUGUCGACGGUGGCCGGAGGCGGUGUCGCUGGCACCGAAGCGGCCGCCGCGGGCAAAGCCGUCCACGAUCUAGCGCUGCACGCGCUAUACGGCAGUUCGCUGUACUCUCGCGCCGUCUCAUUGGCCACCGGGUGGCCGAUAAUGGCCGCGGCCAGCGUGACUGCGGCCGGUUCCAACGGCGGGUGUCCGGUCAACUGCGCCGAGUGCGGUCAGCACGCCGAACGUCCGGCACAGUCGUCGCUGCACGCGCCGCAGCCGCCCAGGCCGGCGCACGAGUCGUCCGCGUCGUCGUCCACGCCGUCGCCGCCCGCCCAACUGCCGCCGCCGUUACUGUCCACCGCCGCUGCCGCCGCGGCCGUCAUCAAGCGGCCUAUCGCCUUGCUCGUCAAGCCGGAUCGCGUCGGGUCGGCCGGUCUACAUGCGCAACACGUCAUAUGAAAACCGCUGCCGGUUCUACCGGAACCGGCCGCCGGCACAGCCUGCACCGCUGCCGCCAUGUCGGCCGCCGUCCAGUGCGGUUGGCCGCAGUGUUCGUCGUCCUCGUCGUCAUCGCCGCCUCCGCCGCCACCGACGACGACGUCGCCGCUUACCACGCCGCCGUGGUGGCUCCAACAGUUGCAGCAGCAGCUGAUGAUGUGCAGCGGCAGCCACAGGAACACGACGACCGCUCGCGGAUCGCCUGGACCGCCGCCCGCCACUUCCGCUUCCGUCACACAAGACCACCGACCGGAUUAGGUGUGCGCCGCGCGCAUCAUUCUCCUCUAUUGCGGUAAGGCCUAUACUACACAUAUUAUAUUAUCAUGUAUGACGAGAUGGAAAAGAGAAAACGGUCGUCGAGGGAUUGUUUUUUUUUUUAUGUAUAAAUAAUAAUAGUUUUAUAAUAAUCUUUGAAUACGGUAAUGAUCAGUUGAAUGACAAGAAUGUAUAAAAAAAAAAUUAAAAAUUAAAAAAAAUUUGGGAAAUUUGCAGUUGAUACGAUAAUAAAAUAUGAUAAUAUGCGUACACCAGUGCUGCAGUAGCCGGAAUAUUUGUCACGAACGACCCCGUAAAACAGCACAAUUUCGUUAAUGUUUUCAUUUAAAAUUAUUAAAAAUAUCAAAUUUAAUAAAUUAAAUUAAAUUAAUUUAUAAUUAAGAUUAAAAUAAACAAAUCUCACUCAACCAAUACCCUAAUAUCUAAGUUUUAUAAAUCUCACACAUUUAUCAUUAUUUAUGUAACCACAAUAUUGUUUUGUUUCGAAUAGGAAAAUAACGAUAAAUAUCGGUUAUACGAAAAUAUGUAUAUAUGUUUAAAAGACAAAAGUAAAUAAAGACUUACAUGUUAAGAAUUUAGUUAAAUUGGCCUGUCAAAUUAUAUAAUUGCCUACUCAAAUAGCAAUUGUGUUCAACAAAAUUCAACAACAUCGAAUGAAGUUUGGUAAGUACACUUAGUUUUUUAGGGCGGAGGGAACUCUACUCUAAUAUCAGAUUACUCAAAUAAAACCAGAACCAGUUAAAACAGUGAUGGUAAAAAAAUGUAUACUUCUCGAUUCCGGCUACUUUACUAAUUUUUAACACUGGGUAUUAUAUGAUGUGUAUUCAUAUUUUAUUUAAAAAAAAAAUUAAUUAUGUCCCGUGUUUGUGUGCACAUAUAAUUUACGAAUAUAAUGCAUUUACAAUACUGAUUAGUCCUCGAUAUUUUCAUACAUUAUUAUUAUUAUUUGACUUUAUAAUAAAUAUAUUAUGUUUCUUCAUUUGUGUAUAAUAAAUAUUAAAUCAUUACGUAAGUGUAACAUACAUAAUAUUAUGUAUAAGAGAUAAAAGUUAAAAGUUUAAUUUUGAUAAUAUUAUGUUCUGUUUUUUUUUUUUUUUGUAGAAUCGAAAGUAUUCAAUAGUAUUUUUAAUGUAAAUCAAAAAGUUUUGGUUAUAUGAUGUUUGGUUAUUUGUUAUUAUUAUUUUAUUUUCAAAAUCGAUAUUUUUUCAAUUUGUAUAGUUUAUUAUUUACAAUUAAAAAAAUGUUCGAUGGAUAACGGUCGUAUAUUAUAAUAUAUCCUUUAAUUUUAUUUUGUACCCUUUGUACAGUAUUAAACCCAUUUAUAAUAUUCUUCGAUCAGAUACGGUUAUAUAUAAGCAAAAGUCGCCCAGAAGUCAUCAUUAAUCUGUCGGGUGACGAUAAGUUUGAAAAAGAAACAGCACCAACACAUUUACAAUUAUUGUUGUAUUCCGGUUAGGAACGGUAUUAUUGUACUCCGUAAGUAAGUUUCUGAUCUCGGCGAACGGUAAAUGUAUUUUUUUUAAAUUACUAUUGUGUUCUGUUUAUUUUAUACGAGUAUAUAAUAUUAUAUAGGCCAAAAUAUUAUUUCAGCGGCAAGACGUAAGAUAAAAAGUCAAUUCAAUUUUCAUUAUUUCCGAGUUUAUUUAAGUGAAAAAAAUGUCUCAUUGUUCGUUUCACAAUGCUAUACACACCUAUAUCUGCGCUGUAUAUUAAACGAAAACAAAUUAAACACAUUUUGUAGCGGUAGAAAUGAAAUAUAUAUAAAAGUCCGGAAAACGGAACAAAAGCGGUGCGAAUAAGACGAAGACCGUUUCAUAAUAUGCAAAUUCUAUUACAUGUAUAUUGUACAGUGCGUAUACUCUACGAUUUGCAUCAGUUAAUUAGUAAGCGUAUUUCACUAAUUUAAAAUACCGUAAUAAUACUCAUAGUAUAAAUAAGGUAUAUAUUUUAUUGAACUAAAAUCUGUUAAACUAUUGUAUAAUGAUACGAAUGCUGCACUAAUCGAAAAACAGACUUCAACUGUUUAUCAGCAUUUGUCUGAUAACCUCGUGUUUGUGGUUUGUGUAACGAACGACUAUAAUAAUUCCAUUUCGUACCAAUAUGUACCUAAUAUGAUAUUACGCUUGAUGCAAUAGAUUUUUUGAAAGUGUAAUUUAAUAUUAUCUAUUUGAAACGGUCACAAUAAAAUCGGUGGGGUAAUAAAUUUUACCAAUAUACGUCAAACAGAACGAGCCAAAUAUAUUUUAUCUGCUGCAGGGCGAUGACUCUUGUCCACGUCAAAUGGGGAUUAUCAAAUUGCAUUCCUUACCUACACCAAAAUGUUGACAAUUGCACUCGGGUUAAAAAUCAGAUAACGUUAAACAUUUAAAUUGCGUUCGAUCGGAUCAUUCCAUAGAACUUGCAAAUAUUAAUUUUAGUUGAAAAUUGUAUGUGAUGUGGUGUCGAUCGAUUUAGUAUUAAAACGACAUUAUUAUGACAGAAAUUUUAGUCACUCGUAUAGGUGAUAUCAUCAUAAUAAAAACAAUGAACUUUAAAUAUUAAAAAUACAAACUAUACUCACGACCGUUGACUGAGGUUAUAUUGUAUUCGCUAGUAAACAGAUUUUUUUUUAUAAUGGAAUUGAGUGCAAUUUGAAUAUUACCUUUUUUAAAUCCGAUUAAACAAUUCAAACAUAUAUUAUUCUGUACCGAGUGCAAUUUAACCUUACCUUACCCUUUACACGCGUUUGCAAUGCGAAAUCGGCAUUCUUUAAUUUGUCGAGUAUAGGCUAUUCUAGUACAAUUAUGAUGUGUAUUUGUGUGUGUAAAUAUAAUUGGACGAGGUGAAUUGCUAUACGGGUAAGAUGUGACUUAUGGUCGAUCAGUUUUAUAUAAUUUAUUUUAUCCAAACGAUGAUUUUGUGCAAUAUAAUUUUGUUAUUUAUUUACCGUGUUUACAAAAUAUGUUUAUUUUAAUUAUCAUGAUUUGUAUUGAAUAAUCAUAUCUCUUAUUUUAUACCCCUCGAGUUUAAAUAAUUAUUAUUGAAUAAAUCGAUAUAAAUAUCGAGAAUUAACUUUUAACUAGUUAAUUAUUUGUAUUAUUGUUUAUUAUUUAUUUAUUUUUCACAGCAAAUGAAAUAAAAACCUUACCUCACGUCAGA